CCCUGUCGUUCUGACACCGAUUAUUUUGGUCUCCCCGAGAACAUACCGUAAAAGCUGGUGUCACUUCCAAAUAGAUAGCGGGCGAGGGGCCGCGACGAGCCCAAACAAGGCGCACAGUCCAGCAGACCGACUCCAGAGAGGUGACAAACCUGGACAGCGGCCGCCUCUGCUCAGGCUUCAUAAUAGAGAGAGUCUCCUGGCCUGCGAGCAAGUUAGCUUAGCUACGUGGACGCGGCUAGUUAACGCGUGCUACCUGCUAUUCACCGUUAAGGGGUUUAUUUCGAGCCAACUAAGGCGGAGGAACUAUUGUCACCGACAGUUAACAGGUCCAAGGAGCCACUUGCAGAGAGAAACACCACCGCGGUUUUAUGACUGGUGUUGCUGCAGAGGUGGGUGGUGGUCAGUGCCCAUCAAGUCGGCACUGGGGCGCAGAGCCAGCAAUGGCAGUUCUGGUUCUUGGUACUCGCUGGCCUGCAUAGGUGCCGGGAUGUUCCGGCAGUCUCCAUCCUGAUGGACCGAGACACUUUCUCCCACAUCCGCCUGUGGUGCCCACGCCCCUUUGGCACCUUUUCUCAGAACAAAGCUCGGAGCCCAGGCUCGGGGGGCAGUGGAGCUGGGGAUGGAAGUGGUGGGGGUGUGGGCUCACCCUCCCUCUGCAAAGGUGAACCUUCUCCAAGCACCAGGAGGACGAUCGAUGGAACCGAAGAUGGAGGGGUCUUAGUAGGAGUUCAGGAGGUGAUCGGAGAAAAGGAUGACGUGGGCUCGGAAAACACUCCACCUGAGCCAGAGCAUGUUUCGAGCUCCAUCACCCAGCCUCCUGCCAACUCCGCUGCCCCUGCUUCGCCGCAAAUGGAAGAUGGCCGUGUCAUGCUGGACACCUGGUAUGUCAUCAAACCUGGGAACACCAAGGAGAAGAUUGCCUUUUUCGUGGCACACCAGUUUAGUGGUGCAGGACAACCCAGGCCAAGCGCCAUGAAGGUUAAAGGCAAUUGGGCUACUGACUGCAGUAAAGCGAAAAGACGGAGACGAUGCUCUUCUUAUGACCCUCCGCCUCGUUCUCAGUCUGCUGCCUUGCACCUACGUCGAGAUUCUCCUCUGGCCAAUGCACCGCCUGGCCCUGAUGAUUCGGCACAGGCAGGAGUGAAUGAAACAGACCUUCUGUCAGUGGCAGAGAUGGUUGCCUUGGUCGAGCAAAGGACCGCCAUGGCCCUCCAGGGCAUUGUGGCAGUUCAUGGGAACCAGCCCCUCCAACAGACCCCAAGUACCACUCAUGACCCGAGCCUUACCCCACACCAGCACACUCGACUCCAGGAAACGGUGUCAGACCCCUCGCCUAUGGUGUUUGCGACGGACAGUUUAAAUAGCAAGUCCUCCAAAGAAUCUUCAUCUCCCAUCCAGACAGACCAGGAGCUGGAGGAACAGUCUUGCAGAGUAGCCGAGGCUAUUGCACACUUUGAAUCCCAGAACCUGGAGAAUCGGCUCCAUUUAGAUGCUGGUUCUGGAAUGGACGUGAAACAUCGAGCUCGGGAAAGAGAUAACAGGAUGGGAGGGGAGUCCGGCAGUGUAACCCCUCCGCCUGCACCGAGCCACAGUCACGGUGAGGUAAGAAUAGCUUUCAGAGUGUCUAAUCUGGACCCACGGUCUCAACUGGAGCCAGCUGGCAGGUCCCGCUGUAUGUUUAUGAGCUGUGGAGGAGGGGCCAAUCAAGCGUCGGCAAGGUCCAAAGAGAAAAUCACCUGUGACCUGUAUCAGCUAGUCAGCCCUUCCUCCAGAGACCCCAACAGUCUCCUGCUUGCUGCUACUACUGCUGCCCCCAAACCAGAUGGGGACCAUCACCACGACAAGCAAGCUACCAAUAACCUAGACCAGGCCCAGGACCUGCCAUCUGCAGAGAAGAAGGCUGCAGGUGUCGGGAGAGAGCGGGUCACUGGCUUUCACGUCGAGGUUGUGGUGACGGGCGCUGUGGACCAAUGUGUGUUUUUCGGGAAAGAUAGUACUGAGAAUGUGCAAGAGGAGACUGUAUGUUUUGCGUUGCCUAGUGGAGCUGGCGGGGCAGUUAACAGUUCCACUGACUCUACUUCAGAUGAUCCUCCACCUGGACAGUUGUUUUUCCUUCAGCCUCCUCGGCGGGUAGAAGAAGAGGCAAAGGAAUCAAGUGCUAGUCGGGGGCUGGGAAUAUGCUCUUUGGACUGUGCCAACAACAACAACAACAGUUCGGGCUCCGGGAUGGGAGUGGGCUCUGGUGAGCGGGUGACACGGCCAGAUUCUCCUCUAGGCAACAUGGGGGAUGACUGCUCAGACCCAUCGCUGUGUCGCCUCUACCGCCACGUAUCUCACGAUUUUCUUGAGAUCCGCUUUCAGAUUCAGCGGUUGCUCGAACCCCGGCAGUACAUGCUGCAGCUCCCCGACCACAUCAUGGUAAACAUCUUCAGUUACCUGCCCACGCGUUCCCUUGCCGCCCUUAAGUGCACCUGCCACUAUUUCAAGGUGCUUAUCGAGACGUUUGGAGUGCGAGCGAUUGACUCGCGAUGGAACCAAGACCCUCUCUACAGGGACGACCCCUGCAAGCAGUGCAAGCGGCAGUACGAGCGCGGAGAUGUUUCACUGUGCCGUUGGCACCCUAAACCUUACCACCAUGACCUGCCUUAUGGACGUUCCUAUUGGAUGUGCUGCCGGUGUACAGACAAGGACACACCUGGCUGUCGUGUUGGGCUCCAUGACAACAACUGGGUCCAGCAACCUGCUGAUGGCUCUCAGCCAAUCCGCACCAAGCGGGAGGACAGAAGGGAGGAGCCCAGGUAGAUGAGUGUACACCUCCGUUUUACCAACUAUCAUCUCCUCUCGCUGUCAUCCUCCGAAGGACACAAGGAAAGAGAAUGUGCUCUCUAGGUCGUGUUUUCUGUCGCGGCACUCCUUUCCUGUAGGUGACCUCUUUGGAGGGAAGUUGAGUUCUCAAGAAAAAAAAAAAAAGAGUCACACUCCUUGCCUUUUUCAGCCCUCCAGAAUCCCUUUCUGUUCACUCCAAAGUGGCACCUUUCAAAUGUACCAUACCAGGGUUGGGGUCCUCUCCUCCUGCUGCUGCCUCUGACUGAUCCUGGGUUCAGUACAACUCAUCUUGGGCAAUUCAUGUCAAACCUUUGCAGUGUAUUUCAAUGAGAUUAGCAUUGAUUCAGUGAAGCAUAGAAAUGUAACGCCCCGGAGCAGCCUGCUAACUGAUCCCACACUUCUGUUCCAUUUUCUAUCACUCUGGAUGUUUGUCGGACUCGGCACGGCUGCCGUCGGGAGGGAGCUGCUCCGAGUUCUGACAACAGAUGUACAACUUACUUUGGUGGAAUGUUCCGUGUCUGCUAUAGAACUGUGAUUGUAUGAAGCAAACUUGAUUUUACCGUCGUACAGAUGCCAUGAGUCGCCGUCCUGCGUUUCUAUCUCUCUGAAUGUGCUGUAACUGUCAGUCCCCUGAUGAUGCUGCUGCUGCUGUCAUUGCCUGUCUCACUCAUGUUCAUAGCCAAACCAUCGGUGAACGGCGGACACUCCGCCAGAGAUCGGACCCUGACCUUGUUGACUAGCCAUGAAAAGGAGCCACUGAGAGGGGUGUGGAUUACUGAUGACUUUAUAUAUAUAUAUAUAUAUAUAUUAAGAUUGGGAUGAAUAAGAGAAACUUGAUGUCACUUUGAAAAGGCCUGAUGUCACUUUGUAUGGUUUGACUGCUUGUUUGCCCGUUUUUUUUUUUUUUUUUUUUUUUUUUUAGGGGGGGCUUCUGAUUUAUUGGGAUGUGUGUGUGUGCGCGUGUAUCAGAGAAUGUUUGCUGUUCUAUUUACUUUUAUCCUCGGAUUGUGCUCCAUGUAUUGGUCUGUCCACCGAUUCCACUCACAAAGAUGACUUUCUUUUUUUUCCUUUCAAUUCAUCUUUGUCCGGGCGCCCUGGUCCUCCUCCCUCCUCUCAUUCCGCAGAGGGCAGAGUUUGCCAAAGCCGCCGUUCAUGCUUGAAAGUUCGGACCUUCAGAGGGGGAAAUAAAUCAACACCAGCUUCCAGCCUUAAAGCCCCUACCUCUUAACCCCUGGCGGGAGAACGAGGCUCCAGAAGCCGCGCAGAUGGUCGAGAGUAUUGGGAGAAGCACAGGACCCCGGCAGGAGCUAUGUUUAAACAUGACAGACACCACCAAGCUCUGCUGGAUCCACCCAUGGCUCUCGUGUGGGAGAAGGUGAACAGUGCCCCUGCUUUUAAACUCCCUCAGCCCCCAUGACCUGACAGACUGGACUGAAAAGUCUCUGCAGUGGAGGUGGGGAGGAGGUCUGGGUCGUCAUGGGAGAAGGUCGUAGGUUUGCGGACACGUACAAUGCUAAUGGGAAAUAUCUGCUUCAAUAAAAAAGUGAUGAUUAAAACUGGUAUUAUGAAUGAAACCCCGGCCUGAGUGACGCCUG